UCUCGAACGCUUGUGGAGUGGGAGAGGUGCUGCGGGAGGGCCGAGCAGGACCCGGGCAGACUACGAAGGACCCUAGACCAGGACAGGGGCUCACCAGGGAGGAGCUCAGCCUUGAACCCGGGCUGACUAGGACCGGGGUGCGGACGAGGGAGGACCCCGGAAGGAGACCUGGGUAUGACUAGAGAGAUCUCUCAGAAAAAGACUCGAGGCUGACUAGAGAGAACUCCAGAGAGGACCUCAGACCAGGACCUGACGCUCACAGCGGACGACUGGACUUGUACUUGGUGUUUUCCUGGGAGAUCUCAUGCAGGAAGGAGAAUGAGCAAGGUCCCUUGAGCUCUCAUUAUCCUGUAGGGGUGAAGAGGAGGCUGCUGAAGCAAGGCUCGAAUGUACCCUCUAACAAGUUCCCAGGGUUGUAAAACGGGCUCCCUUAGAGACAGUUUCAUCUGUCAUGGAAAAACGGGAGACAUUUGUCCAAGCGGUUUCAAAGGAACUGGUUGAGGAGUUUCUGCAGUUCGUUCAACUUGAUAAAGAUUCUUCUGAACCUUUCAGUUUAAGUGAAUUACUAGACGAAUUAUCAAGGAAACAGAAAGAGGAAUUAUGGCAAAGGCUGAAGGACUUACUGACAGAAACGUUGUUAGAAAGCCCGGUGGAUGGGUGGCAGACAGUGGAAGACCAGGGUGAAGAUGGAAUGGAAUCAGAGCCCAGUCCUAAGAUGAAAAAGAGCGUAGAAAUAAUACAUGCAAUUACAUCUGUAAUUCUCGCUUCUGUAUCUGUAAUAAAUGAACAUGAGAACUAUGGGGCCCUCCUGGAGUGUGCUGUUAUAUUAAAUGGUAUUUUAUAUGCACUACCCGAAUCUGAACAAAAACUCCAGAACUCUAUUCAGGAUCUGUGUGUCAAAUGGUGGGAAAAGGGCCUGCCUGCCAAGGAGGACAUGGGGAAGACUGCGUUUGUCAUGCUGCUGAGGAGAAGUCUGGAGACUAAGACGGGGGCAGACGUGUGUCGGCUGUGGCGCAUCCAUCAGGCCUUGUACUGCUUUGGUUAUGAUUUGGAGGAAAACAGAGACAUUAAAGACAUGCUGCUCGAGUGCUUCAUAAACGUUAAUUACAUCAAGAAGGAAGAGGGAAGAAGAUUUCUUAGUUUUCUUUUCAGUUGGAAUAUAGACUUUAUUAAAAUGAUCCAUGAGACCAUUAAAAAUCAAUUGUCUGGAUUACAAAAGUCCUUGAUGGUACACAUUGCAGAAAUUUACUUCAGAGCUUGGAAAAAGGCUUCAGGGAAAAUAUUGAAGACCAUUGAAAAUGCCUGCAUCCAGGACUUCAUGUUCCAUGGCAUCCACCUUCCAAGGAGAUCUCCAGUGCACUCCAAAGUGCGAGAGGUGCUGAGUUACUUUCACCAACAGAAAGUCCGUCAGGGAGUGGAAGAGAUGCUGUAUAGGUUAUAUAAGCCCAUCCUGUGGAGAGGACUAAAGGCCAGAAAUUCUGAAGUUCGAUCAAAUGCUGCCUUGUUGUUUGUUGAAGCGUUUCCUGUUAGAGAUCCAAACUUCAUUGCCACUGAAAUGGACAGUGAAAUUCAGAAGCAGUUUGAAGAACUAUAUAGCCUUUUAGAAGAUCCUUAUCCUAGGGUCCGUUCCACAGGCAUCCUUGGUGUUUGUAAAAUAACGUGUAAAUACUGGGAAAUGAUGCCUCCUACCAUUCUCGUUGACCUCUUGAAGAAAGUCACAGGGGAGCUGGCAUUUGAUACGAGCUCAGCUGAUGUCCGUUGUUCUGUUUUUAAGUGUUUGCCAAUUAUUUUGGAUAACAAGCUGAGCCACCCAUUAUUAGAACAGCUUUUACCACCACUCAGGUAUAGUCUCCAUGAUAAUUCAGAGAAAGUGAGGGUGGCUUUUGUGGAUUUGUUGCUGAAAAUCAAAGCCGUGAGAGCUGCAAAGUUUUGGAAAAUAUGCCCCAUGGAGGACAUUUUGGUUCGCUUGGAAAUGGAUUCUCGGCCUGUGUCUCGGCGCCUGGUGAGCCUCAUCUUCAACUCUUUUCUGCCCGUGAACCAGCCAGAGGAGGUGUGGUGCGAGCGCUGUGUCACACUGAUCCAGAUGAAUCGCGCAGCUGCCAGGAAGUUCUAUCAGUAUGCCCACGAGCACACCGCCAGCACCAACAUAGCAAAGCUCAUCCAUGUCAUCCGUCACUGCUUGAAUGCCUGUAUCCAGAGGACGCUGCAAGAGUGCCCGGAGGCCCAUAAGGAGUGCGAGAAGGAGAACGCCAGCGUACUGGAUAAAACAUUGUCAGUGAGUGAUACUGCGUCCAUGGCAGGUUUACUAGAAGUCAUUGUGAUCCUCUGGAAGAGCAUCCAUAGAAGUCUGGAAAAUAAUAAAGAGGCCAAAGUUUAUACCAUUAACAAGUUUGCAUCUGUGCUUCCAGAGUACCUGAAGGUGUUCAAGGACGAGCGCUGCAAGACCCCCUUGUUCAUGCUAAUGUCAUUCCUGCCAGCCUCUGCUGUCCCUGUGUUCAGUUGUGGUGUGAUUUCUGUCCUGAGAAAUCAGGAGGAGACUGUUACAGGCAGGAGCUACUGUACCUUGCUGGAUUGUCUCUGUUCCUGGGGGCAAGUGGGACAUGUCCUGGAGCUCAUUGUUGACUGGCUGACAAUAAGGCCACAUCAGACCAAGAGUAAUUUGUCCUCUAAAUGUAAAGUGCAAAUCAAUGAUACGUGCCCGGUAAAACAUGAGCUAGCAUUGUUGUACAUGGAGUAUUUGCUGACCCAUCCAAAGAAUCGAGAGUGUCUGCUCUCUGCACCCCAGAAGAAACUUAACCAGCUUUUAAAAGCACUUGAAGGAUCCAAGGCAGAUCUGGAAUUUUUUCUUCAGUCUCCAAGUGGGAAUCCCCUCAACUUCAACAAAGAAGCUGCAUCGCAUGCCUUUGGUCUACAUUGUCGACUGAGUGUCCAUCUUCAGUACAAGUUCUCAGAAGAGAAAAUUCAUCUGUCCAUCUUGAAUGAAACCGGAUCUUGGUUAGAAAACAAAGUUUUGCCUCUUCUUCAAGACCAAGAAGAGGAGUUUCUGAAGCUUCGGAGGAACGUCUAUCAGCAGGUUAUCCAGACUUACCUGGCUGUGGGUAAAGAUGUUGUCAUGGUGGGCCUUGGAGACACUAAAUUUCAGAUACAGCUUUUACAGUGGAGUCUCGGAAUAAUGAAAACAGUGAAGGAAUUUUUUUACAUUUCAUUACUUCUUGGCAUUCUCAAGGAGAUAGCUGGAAGCUCCAUGAUUCAGAAAACAGAUUCAGAAAAAGUCACGGUGCUGUUUGAUUUAGUGCAGGAAGUAUUUCAGAAAAUGUUGGAAUGUGUUGCCUGGACCUUCAGGAAACAGCCAGAAGAAAGUCUGCAGCUCUUUCAUUCUGUGCAGUCCCCUCUUCAUGAAUUUAUCAGCACUAUUCAGUCCUGGUACAGGGACACUGCAGUCCACCAUGGUAUACUUUCUACUCUGAUUGCUGCACUUGUGGUUGAGAUAAGUCAUCAACUGCAAAAGGUUUCUGAUAUAGAAGAGCUGACCACACCGCAAUGUCCUGCUGACCUUCCUCCAUUUUCAAGGUGUUUAGUUGGUGUAAUAAUGAAGUCUUUGGAUGUGGUCAGGUCAUUUUUGGAUGAACUAAAGGCUUGUGUAACCUCUGGUGAUAUUGAAGGCAUUGUGUGCCUCACAGCUGUUCUGCAUAUUAUUUUGGUUAUUAACAAAGGUAAACAUAGAAGUGCAAAGCUGAAGGAGGUUGUAGAGACUGUGAACAGGAAGCUGAAGACAUUUAUGGAGAUCACUUUGGAAGAGGAUAGUCUAGAAAGGUUCUUGUACAAAUCAUCAAUGAGAACUUUGGGAGAGUUUCUAAAUUCAUGACAAAACCCCACCAUCUUUGGGUGUGUAGAAAUAGACUCAUGAAAGUGAAAUGUGUGUAUAUCUUUCUUGCUUUUUCUUCUUUGGUCAGGCUAAGCCUGGAGUCCUGAGUCUGUAGUAGAGCACUGGUGCUCUACUCCACACGCUGUGCCUUCAAUCAGCUGCCAGUCAUGGAGAGUGGCAAAGAUGUGUGGGAGAAAGACUGGCAAGCAGCUCGCACUCUUUCCAGAAGCCCUGGCAGCUCAUAUGGAAACUGUGGCCUUGGCCAGCUCUUGAGUUCGGUGGCUUAUAACUUACCUACUAUUUAUUGUUAUAAAUUUUCGCUGGAACAGAUUUCUCUUUGAACUUUCAGCAGGGCUACCAUUAGCCCACACAGAACCUUUCCUCAAAUGCUGAAAAGAAUCACUUUGCCAAGACAUUUUACUUCACUGCCAUCUGUUGUACAGUUGUAAUAAAUACACAAAUAUA